ACGUCCUGCAACAUACUUUAUUCAAAAUGGAAGAAAUAGGAAUCGUUUCUCAGGAAGAAAAUUUCAAUAAGGGCAACCUUAUUAGCAAUGCACCAACCACAGAAAUAGAUGUUGAUGACCUGUAUGCUAAAUACAAGAAACUUCAAAAACAACUGGAGUUUCUUGAAGUACAAGAAGAAUAUAUCAAAGAUGAACAGAGAAAUUUGAAAAGAGAGUUGCUGCAUGCACAAGAGGAAGUCAAAAGAAUUCAAUCUGUACCGUUGGUGAUUGGACAGUUUCUUGAAGCUGUGGAUCAAAAUACUGGCAUUGUUGGAUCAACUACUGGUUCAAACUAUUAUGUCCGCAUCUUGAGUACGAUUGAUCGUGAAUUACUCAAACCAAGUGCCUCAGUUGCCUUACACAAGCAUUCCAAUGCGCUGGUUGAUGUUCUACCGCCCGAAUCAGACAGCAGUAUUGCUAUGCUUGGUGCAGAUGAGAAACCAGAUGUCUCUUACUCAGAUAUCGGUGGAAUGGAUGUGCAGAAACAGGAGAUACGUGAAGCAGUCGAGCUACCUUUGACACAUUUUGAGCUAUAUAAGCAGAUUGGUAUAGAUCCCCCCAGAGGAGUUUUAAUGUUCGGACCCCCCGGUUGUGGGAAAACGAUGUUAGCGAAAGCAGUUGCUCACAAUACAACAGCCGCGUUCAUUCGUGUCGUUGGUUCAGAAUUCGUGCAAAAAUAUCUUGGAGAAGGUCCUAGAAUGGUGCGAGAUGUGUUUAGGUUGGCAAAAGAGAACGCUCCCGCCAUAAUUUUCAUUGACGAAAUUGACGCCAUAGCAACAAAGCGUUUCGAUGCACAGACAGGAGCGGACAGGGAAGUACAAAGAAUAUUACUGGAACUUCUUAAUCAAAUGGAUGGGUUUGACCAGAACGUUAAUGUCAAAGUGAUCAUGGCGACAAAUAGACAUGAUACGCUCGAUCCUGCUCUACUUCGUCCUGGCAGGCUCGAUCGUAAAAUAGAAUUUCCAUUACCGGAUAGACGACAAAAACGGUUGAUUUUCUCCACUAUAACAGGAAAAAUGAACCUAUCAGAAGAAGUAGAUUUGGAGGAUUAUGUAGCGAGACCUGAUAAAAUAAGUGGAGCUGACAUCAACGCCAUUUGUCAAGAGGCUGGUAUGCAGGCUGUGCGUGAAAAUCGUUAUGUCAUCCUUUCCAAAGACUUCGAAAAAGGAUACAAGAAUAAUGUGAAAAAAGACGAAACUGAACAUGAAUUUUAUAAAUAAGAAGUGCAAGACACAUGUAUAGUGUGGAUUAUUUUUCACUUUAAACUCUUAUGGAAUAUUUUAAAUACAACGAGUUAGCACUUAUUCAUUUUAUAA